CAAGACAAAGAUUGAUUUAACUAAGUUCUUACAUGAGAAGGAUCACCUAGGUAAAGAUUCCCUUUAGCAUUAGUUGGCUUGCCAAUCGAUGGUUCUUUAACUUAUUUCACUCCGUAUUUAUAUUGUAGAAAGUAUUUGUCAAGUCUUGAAUCUCGAUUAAAGCAAUCAAGGCCCUCUUGACUAGACACCUUAGUGGGACUCUAUCCUCACCUAAGAUUGGCUAUCAAGGAAAAUUCAGAACAAGACUUCCUCUAUUGAAUUCACACCCAAUACAUAGCAUUGAAUCGACUCACUCUCAUGCAAUCAAUUCCCAACUUCUAAGCAACGAUGCUCCAUUGACCUAUUCAUAUAUUUUCUCGUCUAGGUUAAUGCAUAAACUUUCAAUACUUCAUUAGGGCAAGGCAAAUUCAUUGUAUAUGCAUCAAUUAGAUAUAAAUAAUGAGUUCAAUUAGUCAAAGUAUGCACACAGUCUAAGAGUAUCUUUUGGUACGCCAUUCAUUUUAAUCCCACCAAUCAACUCCAAGAAUCUUUGUAUGUGCUUGUGCGGCUCCUCAUUCUUCGUACCAUGAAUUGUAUGAAGCUCUGGACCAUCGAGAUCGCACUGGUCUUAAUUUUGAAGUUAUUGAUGGGGAUCGAUGAGUGCAGAAUGCUAGACUAGAUCCCAUCAAUAUUAGGGGUGAUGCAUUAACCCAUGUGUCGUCGUCUUGAAGUUGUCCUCCAACCAUUGUUGUUGUCUCUACUUAUUCCUCUAGUGAUAAGAUUUGUUUCCUUAGACUUGCUCGAGAGCUAGCAGUAAGGCUCUUUAUCUUCCCAGGUUCCGCAGAGUCUGAUUGAUGUUAUUAUCAAGAGGCCCUAGUUCAUCUGCUUUCUUUGGGCCAUGCACUAGCACAUGCACACCCUAAGACACACAACCGAGAAAAGAAAAUGUAGUAAACAAAAGAAAGGAAAUGUAAAGUAAUAGACUUUUUCAUUUCCUAAUAGUCUCGAAAUAUUUUGCGACAACAGCGCCAAAAAACUUGGUUCGCUAAAACUAACACUCCAGCCUAUGCAAAGUGUAAAAAGAUAGGAAACUAGUAUAGUGGCAGUAAGUUUUGAAUAUUGAAUCCUUGGGUCUCUAGAGUUACUAUUGCUUAGUUGCAGUCUAUUAUUCAGCCAAUUCAAGUUUAGAAACGAUGAAUUGAAACAACUAAAACUAACAACAUAAAGAUUGAUUUAACUAUAUCCUCAACUAAUAUACGCAAUUAAGACAAUACAUAACUAGACUUGCUUUAUGUGAUUCACACCUAGUACACAGCAGUAAAUUGACUCACUCUCUCACAAUCGGUUCCAUACUCCUAAUCAACGGUGCUCUAUUAACUUAUUUAGAUAUUCUCUCUCCUAUGUUAAAGCAGAAGCUAUCAAUACUUAAUCAAGACGAAGACAAUUCACUAAAUAUGAGUUGAUUAGAUAUAUCGACUAGAUAUAUAAUGAUUUGAAUAAGUCAAAGCAUAUGUACAAUCAAUAAAACGACAUAAUGAUAGCUAGCGUUCCUCAUAAACAAGUGAAAAGGGAAUUCACUCCAUACAGAGAGAAAUGAACAUAGAGGAAAGGAAAAGUAACGUCAUGACUACAGAGAUCGUCAUGUAGUCUUCAAUUUCAUGUUCAAAGCUCAUUCCUCGACGUCCAAUGGGUAAAUUAUUUCCAUUUUUGCUUUAAGAAAUCCCAAAAGUUGCACUUUUUCUCUAGACCUCAGGUCUCUCUUGUUUUUGGUCCAAAAACAAGCUCUUCUGCAAAAAUUCGCAAAGUCGUAUUUAUACCCGGGGAGUGGCAGACUCACAGCCGAAAGUCACAACCGUGACUUCUAUCCUCCAAAUCAUGACUUAUCAAAAUGUUUCAUUUCAUUUAUGUGCUUUAAGGGAAGUCACGAUCGUGACUAAUGGGAAAGUCACGAUCAUGAUUCUUCAAUGCAUUCCCGUGACUUUUCCUCUGAGUCCUGCCUAUUAUACACGUACUUAAAUGCUCAUUACAAGGCCGUGAUUUUGGCACAUUUUCACUAUCUAAGGGGAAGGAAAGUCAUGUUCGUAAUUUCUCUCUUUGGCUUGCCUUGGUCCCUUUUUGACAUUGAAACAUCUAGAAACCCAUUCCAAAACCUCAUCCAUGUACUAGGAUUUGAAAUAUGACAAGAGAACAUAACAUAACAUAAAAAAGAGUGAGUGUUUUCUAAUGAAAUGACCAAGAAACAAUCAAUAUAAAAUGGAUAAAAUAUGUAUAGUUACGCACGUAUCAUUUACUAACUUUUGGCAACUUCAAUUUAUGAUUAACACAUGAUGUAAGAACGUAUUUCAUACUAGUAAUCUCAUCCAUCUAAGUCCUACCAACAACCAAUUCAUCCAUAGAAUAUAAUGCAUGUAUAAGAAUGGAGUGGAUUUGCAACAGGUAUACAUAAUAUUUUCUUUCAACCUUUUUGUUCUUUUGUAUUGUUUCAACAUGGAAAAAUUCAUGAAAGAUACCGGUUUUAUUGAAAAAUCACUCAUUUGAAAAUCUUUUCCUUGAUAACUUUUUUUUGUAUGGGUUUUGAAUUUGUCUUUGAACAUAGAAGCAUAAAUCUUGUCAUUUGGUUUUAGCAUAAAACUUGGUCUAUAAAAGAUGAUCCAAGUCAUCAUAGUGAAAUUAUCAAUAAUUGUCAAGGAAUACUUAUAACCAUCAUAACUAGGAGUAGAAUUAGGCCCCCCAAAGACCAACAUGUAUAAAUUUAAAUGCUUGUGUGCAAACAGUUGUGCUAUAAGGAAAGGCAAGUCUUUUCUGACUUGCAAACUGAGAAAUAAAAUAAAUAGAAAGAUUGUUUUUAGUUUCUAUGGAUGUACAGAGUUGCCUCUAACAAGUUAUUUUGGAAUGGGAAACAUUACUUGUAUGUAAGAUAUAAAAAACUUGUGUGUUAGCUGUUAUGAUGUGUUUAUGGUUACUAUCUACUAGGAUGAGGUCUAUAAGGUAAAGGUCAUUGGAAAGCUUAACAGGAUCAUCUGAAACAAUGGUUGGAGCUCUGUUGGAAUAAGCUUUGUCUCUAGCAUUUCCUCUUGAUGGAAAACCAUGCUUGUGAAAGCAUCUAUCUUUAGUAUGGCCUUGCUUUUACACUGAGGGCACUCCAGAAAUCUUCCACUUGGCUUGAAGUUCUUGUGUUAAUUCCAAGAGGCCACUCAUGCUUGUGGUAGCAAAUAUCUUUUGUAUGUCCUUGAAUCUUGCAGUAAGUGCAAAAAGGCAUUAUUUUCCGGUAAUCAUCGAUAAAGUACUUCAGCAAACUCCGAUCCGUCUCUUUAAAGCUUUAUAACUUGGAUAAAUAUGUAAGUCUUGAAAGCCACAAAAAAAGAGUGUUUCUACAAAAAAAAAUAGAGUGACAAUAAGAAUUGUAUUGACAAACUAUUUUAGUAAUUAAUAUUAUAUCAUCAAUGAACUAGCAAAUAUAUCAUACUUUUCAAUACAUUUUCCCCUUCUAAUGGGUUUUCUCGUUGUCCUCAUAAAUUCUAUUUGCACCAUAAGUAAUAUUGAAAAAAAUGAAAAUACCGAUUAUUAUGAGCAUAAUAGCCGAGCUGCAAUUUUACAUCACCAUCAAAAUGGGUACACUAUCCUACACACUUGUCAUUAUUGUCUAUGUUGAAUGAGGUAAUAGUUUAAUGCGCACUACAUUUCACGUGCCCUUUCAAGUACUUUCAGUUUACGCAGUAGAUGCAGCCACUAUAGGUGCAGCUUGAAUGCUUGAUAGAGGGGAUUCCUUUUUCUAACAUAAAAUUUUGGAUGAUAAGAAUAAAUAAUCGUUGAUUUAAACAUUAUCUCAUAACUUAAGAUGUUAUCAUCAAGGUCCACUCACCUACUAGCUAAAAUGUCAAACCUUCAUACCAAGAGAAGGAGAAGUAGAGAGGAGAAAGUCAGUGAAGCUUUCUCAUUUAAAUAUGUACUAGACUACUAGGUGGCGAUGACGCGCCUUGUCGCGGGGCAGAGAUGGCCUAUGAGCAUGUAUUGUGUGGCCCGUUAUGGUGUUUUGUUAGUAAUAUUGAGUAUUGACUUGACAAUAUUAUUGACUAAGAAAAGAUAUACGGCGGUCAACACCCAAUUUUUUUUAAAAAAAAAAUUUUUGGCUAAUAAAUGAUAUUUACCUAAACCCAAGCAGACUCAUUGAUUAUGGAUAGGGUAUGGGUGACGCAUAUAUGGGUUUGGAAGUUUGUAGAUGAGUUUUGGUAGGGUAUGGAUAUUUACUUCCAUAAUCUAAAUGUGUAUGAGUUGGAUAUGAAUACCAAUUUAUUUGACGGUGUUUUUAUUAGACAUACAAAAAUUAGAUCUAUUUGUAGAACUUUAAAAGUUUAGAUACCAAAAUGUAAUACACAAAAAUUUUAGGUACUAAAAUUUAAUGUUCCAUCAAUAUUUUGAGGACUUAUAUGCCAAAAAAAAUAAAUUUAGGUUAUAAAUAUAAAUAUAUAUUAACUUUAGGUACCACACUGUAAUUUGCAUAGUUAAGGCUUAAUUAAUCCUUUUAUGGUGAUGUAUUUAAGAUGAUAAUUUUUUUUUUAUAGAAAAAUGGAAACUAUAUAUGUGAUACGUGUAGAUACUUAGCCAAACAUUUUGUGUAUAAUUGUUGAAAAUUCCAGCCCAGGUGAAAAAGAAAAAACUUUAGACAUAAGCAAAAGGAGUACAAACUGGAACUUGCUUAAAAUUCAUUUUUACCCCUUCAAAUCCCAUAGUGGAAAAUGACAAUUUUCUAAUAAGUAAUAACCAUAUAUAUUUACUAGUUUUGUGCCCGCCUGAUGGGCGGCAUAUUUUAUUUUUUGUUACUUUUACAAAAAGUGGUAGGCUACUAUUUCUCUUUGUAUAUAUUUAUUAAUAUUAUUUAUUAUUCGAGCUUUGUUUGAUAGUAGAGCGACCAUAUCAAGUUUGGGUGUGCCUAAGAACAACAAUCAUGUAAAACAAUAAAAGUCAUAACGUCAUCACUAUUUUGAAGAUUACAUUCACAAUCAUCUUCUUUUUUAUUUGCCAACAGUUUUCAACAUCAUAUGUUGUACUUGUACAUAACUUUUCAUUGAUUUUUCCUUUCGUGCAUCUAUAAGUUUGGGCCAAAUAUUGUGAGCGUCUAAUAUAUUUUCAGUCUCAUGAAAAUAACUUCACACACAUGAUUUUAAAUUAUCAUAUGUAACGAUCGAAUCAGAGUCAUUUCAAAUUAUUUCUCCUUUUAUAACUCAAUUAACUUAGAAGUUGAACCUUCUGGUGGUAGUAGACUGUCCAAUAGAUGGUAAAUUUGUCCUCUGAGUGAUACAUAUAACCCUUGCCCAUCAUUUAAAUAAUGAUCCGUCUUGACCCUCAUAUAAUUAAAAUCAAAAGAUACCACUGUAGAUCCUUAUGUACUCUCAAAAAUAUUUUACAACUUUGAUAUCUCAAACUAACAAAACCAUUAGAAAUUGAGAUGGGAUCGAUCUAGUCACCCAUAAAACUGAACUCUACGAUACAAUUAUAGAUCAUUAUGUACACCUGAACCUUAUCAUUUUAUCAUUACAUAUGAUAAAAUGAAGUUGUUUUCAACUCAAUUCUCUAUUUGAUUAAUGUACAAUACUCAACAAACUUAACAGUUGAACCUUCUAGUAGUAGUAGAUUUCUCAACCUAUGAUAAAUGUAUCCCCGAAUUGAAACUACGUAUAACUCAUGUCCAUUAUUAGAACUACAAUAGUACAGAAAUGUUGUAUCAUUAGUAUUUUAGUAUAUGAAAAAGGUUAUUGUUCGAUUUCAAAAAAAAAUUCGUUUGAAUGAAUGUGACAUGAUAAGUUAAAUAAAAAUUUGGAUUUGGCUGAUAACUAAUUUUUUCUCUUUUAUAUAUGUAUGAUUUUAUUCAAACAUUUGCAAAUGCUUAUUGAAACAAAAAAUUUAGUUGUUAAUGAUUUCUUUUAUGAACAAAAAGCAUAAUAAAAUAUUUAUUUGUGAUCUUUUUCUAGUAUAAUUUAUUUAAAAAUUAGAGUUGACACUUUUAAAAUUGACGAAUGUCAACCAAUAAAGUAAAAUAGGUUAAGUGUUAAAUUCAUUUGAAGACGUAAGAUAAAAAAAGUGAAGAUUUUGUUUUGCAUAAUUCUUUUUUUUAGGAUAUACAUAUAUAAUUGUGUCAUACAUUUAGCAUUUUAGUAAUUGUAUAACAAUAUUAGCUAUGAAGACACUCCUCUACACUUUUCAUUAACAUACAACAAUAAUUCAAUAACCAAAUAUCCAAUACAAAUAAUAAUGCUGAUAGUUUAUUGUCCAUCAUCAUUAGAAUUACAAAUAAUAAAGUUUUAUCUUAUGCAAUUGAGUUCCCUCAUUGAUAUUUUAACGAACAACUUACAUGAAUUUGUUGAUGGCUAGCAUUGACUAAUUGAUGUAAAUUUAGCGGUGAAGAAGUUUUACUAUUUAUAAUUGAAUGGAGAUGAGAGAUUGCGAAAACCCAACCUAGAAAUGCAUGACGAAUGAAUUUGGAACAAAGACGACUUGAGGCAAGCAGAAGCAUAAGCAAAAUGUGGAGGCUAAUGUAAUUUUAACUUAUUUAUGAAUGAUAGAGACUUGAGCGGAGCCGGCAUAUAAAUUCCUGCAAAAAGGGAGCUAAUAUUGUGUGAGAAAAAAUGUGGAAAAGAAAAGAUUUUUUUUGAAAAUAGGGUUGACUUGAUCAAAGUCAAAAUGCGAAAAGGGUAACUGAACCUCACUUCUUUUGCAAAAGACAAAAGGUAAUUGUGAAACUUAGGGGUUGUUUGGAGGUUAGGAUUCUUCAAAUUGAAGUAUUUAAUCAAUUUGUGUAUUGUAAUUUGAUUUAUUGAUGAAAUGUAUGAAUUUGAAAAAUACCUUGUUUGGAGGUUUAGAUUGUGCUUUGUUAUAAAAAAAAAUAGAAGGUACACAAUCCCUUGGUCACAAUCACAAUCUCACCUUUUGGUAAAGAUUGAUAAUCACUCAUUUUGAGUGAUUGUAGGUGGUCCUAAAAAAGAUAAUACAUGUAUUCUUUCACAAAUUUACUGAUGUGAAACAUGAAUACUCCAGGUACAUAACCCUAAAAUUAAACACAAAUGUAUAAUCAUUCUCACGUUAAUUUUAACAGACUAUAUCGUUUACCGAUGCUAGUAAUUGACAAUUAUACAAUUCAAAUUUUUUUGAAUUCACCGAAAAAAAUAUUUUAAGUUUUUUUUAUCUUAUUUGUUUGAACUCGAAUUUCAUAUUUUUUGCAUAAAAAAUCAAAUAAAUAUACUCUACAAAAUGACAUUUAAUGUGAUAUAUUUUGGUAAAAAAUAAUGUACAUUAAUGUGUCUUAUAUCAUGGUGGUAUGAAAACUAUGUUAUGGUGGUAUACAUGAUUGGAAAUUUUAACCAAAAAUAUAUAAAUGGAUGUGUUGUAAUCACAAUUAAUUCAUUGUAAAAAUAAUUCAUUUUUCUGUACAAAACUGUUGAAAUAAUCAAAUUUAAAUUGAAGAAGAUACAAAGAAAAGAAUUAUGUCUAAAAAUAUAACCAAAUAAAAGAUAUUAGAAUUGAAUCAAACAAAUAAGUAAAGAUAUUCAUUUUAAAAAGUAAGCAUGGAAGUUAAGAAAAUACUUAGAUAUAUUUUUAUAAAUGAGAGAUGUCAAAUUCUUUUCAUUGAUGCAUAGUUUGGUUUUCUUGUGAGUUACUUUUACCAAUGACACUUUCGGCCAGAUCAAAAUAACUUGAUUAAAAAAAUUGAGGACCAUUAAUGUCAUUCUUACACAAAUGAAAUUAUCUUGUCUCAUGGUGGCACAUGAUUGAACUAUGUAUGUAUAUUUUUGUAAUUUUAUUGUAUAAGAAAAUGUCAUAUUGAUAAAUGAUUAUGAUAAUAUACUGUACUGUACUUAAUAAAUGAGUAUUUUCACUUCAAAAUAUUAUGUUGUUGGUGUGAUAAAAAAUAAUAGAGGGUUAUCCUUUGAUUUCUCAUAUUUUUCAUUUGAAAUGAAUAUGAUACAAAAAUUAAAUAAGUGUUGGAUUUGGAUAAUAAUUUAAUUUCAACUUUUCAUUUUAUUUUUCCAUUUUUUAUUUUUUUCAAAUAUUUUUGAUUGUGUAUCAAACAUAUUAUGAAGAAAACUUGAACGAAAGUUAUUUUUAUUUAUUAAUGAUAUUUUAUAUAGUGUAUAAAAAAUCUAAUAUGGAUUCUCGCGCUAAUUUAUGUGAAAUUCAGUACAAAAAUUUUCAUUAUUGAGUCGAAGGUCAACUGGUAAAGAAAGAAGACCACAGUCAGAGGUAGGGUGUUAAAUCCGUUUCAUGACAUGAGUAGUAAUAUUAUUGUAAUUGAUAUCAAAAAAUAAAAUUUGCCACAUUGGUUAACACUCUUAAUGAUAUUAUGUGAGACUAAAAGGUUAUAGGUUCAAGUCUUAGUGAUGAUAAUUAAUAUCUCUUUAUUAUUUUUAACUUAGUGCAACAUAUAAAUUUAUGGGAAUACUAAAAUGAUAAAAGAUGACAUGGAAAAUUGUGGAGUUCCGUGAAUCCUACGUGGCGAAAUUUUGCUCCAAAACAGCCAUAAUAUAAGUUAUAGAUAGAUAGAUUUUUAAUUGGACUCGACAUUGAGCUGAAAAAGUUAGUGAUUUAUGGUUCAAUUGUUAAUUCUCUAUACUGUUGGUGAGUCGUGUAUGGACCAGUUCAUACUUGUUAUUAGAACAAAUAAAAAUAAUAUACUAAUUAGGAUUAGACGAAGAAGGCAAAGAAAAAAUAAAGGGUUAUGGAAGGCGAGUGAAAAGUGAAACGAAGAGUAAGUAGAUGAUGAAAAGGUUUUUGGCCAAUUCUUUUAGUUGGUCUUCAAUACAACAGUCAACCCUGUUCACCGUAACAAUUUAUUGACACUUGCUUAUGUAGAUCUGACAUAUUUUGUUACAUGUAGUUAGUAGAUGUUUGAUAUAACAUCUUGUAUGGUAUAAACUAAAUUUAUACUUUUAUGUUAUGAUGGAUUGGAUUCAUAAAUUGGUUCAAAUGGAUUGGUGGAUUGGAUUUAUGGAUUCAAGUGAAAUCUAAAUAUUGAACCAAUUUAUAUUAAAAUUACCUUUAUGAUAUGAUCAAUACCCCCAACACCCAAUCACUUGACCAAGGUCAAUGGAUAACAAGAUAGGACAUCAAUUGAUCAUAUAAAAGAUAAGUUCAUAUAUCAUAUUUCAUAAAAAUUAAGGCAUCAUGCUAUAAGUUUGGGUUCAACUCACCUAAUUGUUGAGAAGUUUAGUUCUUAAAAGAGUUGGAAAAAAGCAAAAAGGGAAGGUGAAAAAUCUUCAUGAGAUCACUAUUGUUUUUUUAUCAAUUUAAUUGGUUUGAUCGUGAUAUUUUAUUGGUGGAUAGAAAUUGAGUUUGAUUGAGCUGAUAAGGGACAAGAACAUAGUUGGAAAGAGAUUCUACAGACUUAUGUAAAGGAAUCAGGCAACAAGUUAAUUUGCACAAGUCAAAGAUCUCCUAUAGCUCGAAUGUGGAAGCACACAGAAGAGAUGAAAUAACAAAAAUUCUGGGAAUGAAACAAGUGACAUACCACGAUAAUUAUUUUAAUUAUUUGGGACUCCCCACUCCAAUAGAAAGAGCAAAAAGGCAGUGUUUCGUAACUUAGUCGACAAGGUACACAAGAAGAUUAAGAUGGGGAAGAGCAAGUCUCUGUAUAUUGCAACAAAUGAAGUAUUGAUAAAAUCUAGGGCUGGGAAACGGUGCGGUCUGGUCCAGACUAGACCAUCUAUACGGUCUAAGGUCUAGACCGAGAGGCUAGUAUAAACCACAGAGCAGAACACAGACUAUAUGAUCCGGUCCAUACCACACCUGUUCGGUCUGGUUCGGUCUGCUCCAGAUAGACCACACUCAACGAAAAAUGAACAAUUUGUUUAGUAGACCACACAAAAAAUUGAACCAAUAACUAAGAAAAUAAUUGUUAUUUGCCUUAAAUCAUUAAUCCUAACAUGCAUGAAUAAUUUUGAUACUCUAAAUCUUAGUACAUAACAAAGAUACAAAGUAAAAUCAUCACAACUUGCACCAUAACGUCAUAAACAUUAACAUAAUAUCAUAUGGAGACACGAUUAUCUCUACUCUCUGGUUAAAUGUGGUUGUGAAUGAAGGAGGGAUGUGAUUCACAAAACUAAGGUUGAGACUUGGGUGUCGUUGUAGGAGUUGAGAGAGUGGUCGAAUGGGCUGUUAACACGUAUUUACAAGUCAGUUGGGCCCACAGUUUGGUCCGGUAAACCGCGGUCUAGACCGGACCAGACCAAGAGAUCAAAACAUAAAAUAUUACAGAUCAUGAACCGGACCAGACCAUACUUAACGGUCUACGGUCCAGACCAAACUGUGCGGUACGGUUUGGACCACGGUUUUUCUAACGGUCCGGUCUAUUUUCCCAGCCCUAAUAAAAUCCAUUGCUCAGGCUGAGACAACCUAUAUUAUGUAUAUCAUAUUGAUACUAGUGGGCAUCAUUCAAGAGAUUCAGAGAAUCAUCUUAGGCUUUUGGUAGGGAGAAAAAUGCGUGGAAAGGAAAAUUCAUUAGCUUAUUUGAGAGAAAACGUGUCUGCGUAAGUAAGAAGGGGGCUAGGUUUAAGAGAUUUGAGAAAUUUUAACCUAUCCCUUAUAGGAAAAAAGAUGGAAUCAACAUCAAACCCUCAUUCCUCAACAUCUUGAUUGAUGGACUCUCCUGCUCAGCCCGCUGGGGUGGCGGCUGCUGCCCCUCCUCCACCUGCUUCGCCUAAGCCUCCGCCAGCUCCAACUCGCCGCAGCGAUCGCCCGCGUCAACGUCCUCGUCAUUUGGACGAUAUAUAUGAUACACCGGUUCUCCCUGGUCAGCGUCCUUCGCAUCCCGACUCCAGCACCGCAUCCGCAGCUAAGUAUCCCAUUUCCGACUUUCUUUCUUACGAUGGUGUUCACCCUUCUUAUUAUGCUUUUUUGGCGGCUGUGACUUCUAAUCAUGAGCCCCGUUCCUUUCGACAGGCAGUCCUUGAUCCUCGCUGGCGUGAAGCCAUGUCAAAGGAGAUUUAUGCACUUGAACUUAAUGGUACGUGGACAUUGGUUCAACUGCCCCCCGGCAAGCGGGCCAUAGCACCCAAAUGGGUUUACAAGAUCAAGUUCAAUCCCGAUGGCACGAUAGAGCGUUACAAGGCUCGUCUGGUUGCCAAGGGUUAUACUCAGAUCGAGGGCGUUGAUUUUCAUGAUACCUUCGCUCCUGUGGCCAAGUUGGUCACUGUUCGUUGUCUCUUAGCUGUGGCCGUCAGCCGUGGUUGGUUUCUCCAUCAGCUCGACGUCAACAAUGCUUUCCUCCACGGUGAUCUUGAGGAGGAGGUUUAUAUGCAGAUUCCUCAAGGUUUUGCCCAGCCGGGAGAGACUCGAGUAUGCCGUUUGAACAAGUCUCUGUAUGGUCUUCGCCAGGCCUCUCGAAAUUGGUAUCAUAAAUUUACCGAUGCCCUCUGCAGUCUUGGUUUUCGUGCUUCUCCGGCCGAUCACUCUCUGUUUAUCUUUCGGCGGGGGAGCACAUUUGUCGUUGCCUUGAUUUACGUGGAUGAUGUUCUGCUCACUGGUAAUGACCUUGCCUUUAUUAACAAGGUCAAGUCUUCUCUGGAUGUUCAGUUCGGCAUCAAGGACCUUGGAGAGGUCCGUUACUUCUUGGGCAUGGAGUUCGCCCGUACUACUGAUGGUGUUGCCUUGUGUCAGCGUAAAUAUGCCCUUGACAUCCUAGCUGACGCUGGCGUUUCCGGAGCUCGGCCAAGUGCUUUCCCGGUUGAACAAAAUCAUCACUUGACUCGUCCCACUGUCUCAGGUGAUGUUCUCGCCGAUCCGUCUGCUUAUCGUCGGUUAGUUGGGCGUCUGCUUUACUUGACUGUCACAAGUCCCGAUCUUACCUAUGGAGUUAACAUUCUUAGUCAGUUUGUGUCUGCUCCUCGUCAAGAUCAUAUGGAUGCCGCAGUUCGUCUUCUUCGGUACCUGAAGUCUACUCCUGCCCAAGGCCUUUUUUACCCCGCGUCAAACGACCUUACUCUCACAGCUUAUUGUGAUGCGGACUGGGGUGGCUGUGAGAGCACCAGGCGUUCGUCCACGGGUUACUUCAUUAGUCUUGGAGGGGCUCCCAUUUCUUGGCGUACUAAAAAGCAACGAGUUGUUGCCCGUUCUUCUGCAGAGGCCGAGUACCGCGCCAUGGCCAGCACGGUUAGUGAGAUUGUGUGGCUUCGGUGGUUGCUCAGUGAGCUUGGUGCUCCCCAGACACGGGCUACUCCGCUAUACUGUGACAAUCAGGCUGCUCUUCAUAUUGCAGCCAACCCUGUUUUCCAUGAGCGUACAAAGCACGUGGAAAUGGAUUGCUAUUUUAUUCGCGAGCGGGUCCAGUCUGGUGACGUUUUACCUCUCAAGGUCAGCUCUCACCUUCAGCUCGCUGACAUUUUCACUAAGGGCCUUGGAGCGGACCGUUUUCGUUUUCUAUUGUCCAAGCUGAACGUGCGUAACCUCCACGCUCCAGCUUGCGGGGGAGUAUUGGACAAGGCCCACUCGAGGUCCUCGGCCCAUCCUCAUCACGUCACUAGUGCAGCCCAUGCACUCCAUGCGAGUGACGUGCCAAGUACAGAAACCCUAGUAGCUUAUUGUAAACAGGGAUAUAUAUGUUUAUGUACUGAUCGGCUUAAGCCAGAACACUGAGAUAUCAAAUAAUAGCUGCAGCCGGAGAGCUUAAACUCUCCCGUGGAUUAGUCUCGAUCAUAACUGAUCGAGGAUACCACGUUAAUUCUUGUGUCGUUUAUAUUCCGCACUACGAUAUUUUACAAAACUUGUUUUGAACCUGAUGCAUCUAUCCCUCUACACAAUGGACUACAUGGGAUCUCGAGCGAAAGUUAAGAAGAGCAUUUUUCAAGGUUGUUCCAAACUUGUUGUCAACACAUGAAAACUAUCAGAAUCUGGCUAAGUAUCAAACUGUAUUCAGGAAGGCUACUUUGGAGCUUCAUUCAAGGAAGAGGAUUGAGAGUUGAAGGCAGGGCUUAGUACCACAUCAAACUACAUGUUUUCUACUACAAAGGCAAGAGAUUGGAUUAUUGAUUUGAUACCUUGAAAGCUUCGAACGAAAGCAAGUAAGAUCGUCAAAAGUCUGCCUAAAUUGCCUUGCUCACCACGAAAUCCGUAUCCUCUGCGGAUUAGGAUUACUUUACCUGUUUUGAGUUGUUUACUGAGUUCUUUUGUGUUUAGGUUUUCCUUUAAGGUAUUUGUAGCUUAACCUAGUUUUAUUUAAAGCCUUGUCUUGCAUUGUAUUAGUUAGAUUAUGAUCAAUUGAUUAAAAACUUUGAUUAUUUCGAUUCACAAGUUUGCUUCGUGAGUUGAUUGAGUUGCUUGGUGGAUUCCAAGUGGUUCGUGUGCUUGUAUCGAACAAGUAGACACCUUGUUCGUGGCCUGGCUUCUACCUAUCUAUUUCGAGCCUUCUCCCUUGAGAGAGAUUGCACGAAAUUGACCAUCCCAACCUCCCAAAAAUCAACCCUGUUUUUGUGUUGUUUUCAAUUUGAGAAGGAAUCAAUCUCUUGACUGAUCCUUGGUUGCCUUACUCUGAUCAAAGAAAUCCAUCUAGGACUCAUCACUACUCCAACAUAACUUUUUCUAUUUGCAUGAGGAAUGAUAUCAUUAUUCUCAGGGUCACUUGAAGUACUUUCAGCAUUAACCAUAUUUCCUUGAUCACCAUCAUCAUCUGGUAAAGGUAACUUAUUGAUUGAUGUAUUCCCUUCUUAAUCAAUAAAAGGUCGGGAUAGUUGUGUUGAAGGAUUGGGAGAUGAACUAAAUCUUGCAAUGCAAUGGAGAUUGAGAUAAUUGUGAGGGUGGUGGGAACAAACUAUGAGCUAAUUGGGAAGGUGAAAGAAAUCGUUGAUGGAAGGAGUUGAGCAUCUAUGUGAGAGAAAGAUAUGAGGAAGAGGAUGAAAAUAAAUUAAGGGUCUCUUAUUGGGUUAGAGUUGUGUUGUUCAUUAUGUUGUGUCGGGGGAAGUAAACUUGACCCUGCAUGAGCAAAACCCGACCUGACCGGCCUAAUUUUGCUUCAGUUGGCAUGAACAUUGAAAUCGUACAAAAUCGUAGAUUUUAAGGAUUUUAUAGUUUUAAAUUAGAAUUUUAUGGGAUUUUAAAGUUCAAAGAUUUUAGAGUAAAAUCAUGAUCGGAAC